AUGAUAGGUAUAGCAAGAGGGGAAAUCUGCUUAAGAAAUGCAUCACCCAAGUUAAUCAGUGAUGAAGAAACAGAGAGUGAUUCUUUGGGUCAGACCAUUGUGGAUAUUUCGCAAUCACAGACCACGCCUCCUAGUGAUGAGAGCAUGGACCACAGGCAAACAAUUAAAAGAAGCCUUAGACCUAUGAGUUUUAAGAUGUCCUCUUUAAGAAACAGACGAGGUGGAAUAAGAAACCUACAUCAUCGUAACCGAGGUAUUUCACGUCCAUAUACUGCCAGAGUAACUGACAAUAAAAGAGUAACACUCAAAGAAGUAGGUACAUCACUAAAAGCACCAGUCCAGGAAUUCUCUCCAUCCCCAAGGAUCCAAGAGCAGCGAGCUUAUGAACAGAGGGUUCAAGCCAGCAACCAGCUCGCCCGACAAGCUAAACAGCUCAAACAGCGUGUAGGCUACCUCACACAGCAAAUCACUACUCUACGAGAAUCUCGCGGAGCUGCUGUGAAGGCUUUGGAGCAACAGAAGGAAGUGAAUCAACAGCAGCAGGCAGACUUAAAUCUGGCCAAUCAGAGACUGAGGAUGGCUAAACAGAACAUCCAAAAACUGACAACAGACAUGGACAAGGUUUUACAAGAGAAGGCAGCCUUAGAAGCUCAGCUGGUGGAGGAGAAUCGCCACACAACAGCCACAGACAAACAUACAGAACAGGACUGGAAGAUCCUCGAGUCCAGACUCAAAGCCUCUUCCAAUGAGUUGUGUAGACAGUCCAAUCAGGCGAGGCAGCUUAAACAAGAAAACGAACAACAACAGGAACAAAUCAGGACUCUGCAGGAAAAAAUAAGCCGAGUGGAGAGAGACAAUAAUCAGAAGAGGACACUGCUGGAGGACCAGAGAGUCAAGUUAAAGCUGGCACAGACAAAUGCCAAGUCCGAACAAAACGCUAAUGAAGAAAUGGAGACAAGAAUUAAACUGAUUCAAGACACUAGUGAUCGACUCAAGAUACAAGUGGAGUCCUACAAGAAGAGGCUGUCAGCAGUCACCAGAGAAAAGAGGGAGUAUGAGGAAAGAUUUCUGAAAGUGAAUGCAGAACUGGAGAAAAAG